CGUUGACCAUCCAUCUCGCCGCCAGCUCGGAAACCCACCUGCUCUCUAAUAGAGUCCUUUAUUUCCUGUCCAAAAUGCCGAGAGGACUCGGCACUGUCCUGUUGAUUGUCGUUCUCGCUGCAGCGCUAGCAACAAACCCGGACGAAGAAAGCUUUCGGCGAUAUGUGGACAAAGUGCUAAAGGACUCAGGAUCUUCCUGGGUUUCACGUAAAUUCCUGUCAAGCAUAUCGACAUUGGUUUAUCGAAGACGCGAUUACAAGUUUUUCAGCACGGUUCACGUGCCUGAAGAAGACACGCUCUUCUUGGGGAUAUUUGCGUAUUGGCUCCCACUUCCCUUUUGGCGGCGACUUCGGGGAGAUGCAGAUGAGUGGCAGAGAUAACCUAAUUAGUUCUCAAUGAUAGACGUAAGGCCGGGGAAUGUCAGCGCUAGUGAAGCUUGCUUUCAGAUAGAGGGCGAACUUAGGAUAACAGUAGGGUAAAGCUUGGAGGCCGGUGCAUAAUAAACGAAAUUUACUACCCUC